AUAAAUGAAUUAUUUUGAAGUACAGAUUGGGAAAGAUAAAUCGUUGCAAUCAGCUAUUAUAUAAAAAGAGUUGGUUUCUUGUAUGAGCUAGUCUGACGGUUGGUUCGGAGAGAAUUUUUUGUUAAAACAUGGAAUUAAAGAUAUUAGCGCUAAGUUUACUACAGCUGGCGGUAGCGUCGCCCAUGCUGCAGGAUCUCAUGCUGGCAGACGAUUCGCAGACCGUCGGCACCUACAUCAGACCAGCGCGGUCUGCGGGGCCUGAAGAUUACCACAGAUCCUACGAAAAUGAAGGUGAUGGUGAGAUAGGUUACUCACGGAAGAAGACAGGUGGUGGAAAGAAAGGCUACCAACAUUUUGACUCGUUCCACAAGAAGGCGGGUGACAACUACGAGUUUGAAAAACAGGACUCCUAUGGGUUAGAAGACGAGGGACAGGCUGGUGCUCACAGUCAUAAGAACGAGAGGAAAGCUGAUGCGUAUCGUGAACCAGAAAAUGACGAAGAAGAACACGAAGCAGAGGAAAGACCAAAGAAAAAAAAGAACCACGAGGAACUCAGAGAAGGACCGAAUGACCACAACAUAGAAGUUUCUGGUUAUGAUCCAGCAGAUUAUACUCUACCAGAAAAAUAUACGUAUGGAACAGGGGAAGAAUAUAAUUUUAAGUAAAUAAUUAUUAUU